GUGUGUGCGCUCCUCUCUCCUCCCCUGCGCGCACAGGACUGAUCUCUGAUGCCCAAACCGAGGCGAUAACUCCCAGCGCCAGUCUGCUGCAUAGACUCUGCUGCGAGGAUGUUGCAGUGAUAGACGGCGGAGCAUCAUCAUCGUCCCCCCAUCAGCUGCUUCCUCAGCCGGCAUCGUCAGCUGUUGCUCCACAGCAGAGAGAGUGGAAGUCUCGGAAGCUGCAGAAAGAAAAGAAAAAAGGGACAAACUAUGCGACUGAUUCCCGAUCGGUAACCGUCUUUCCAGCCUGAAAAAGUCGAACGGGGAGCGGAUGCGAGCAGAGGUCGCCGACGAGCCUCUGAGUAUUUUCUGCCCUUUGUCGGUGCCGGAGGAGCCGUGCCCAUGGAGAAAGCCACUCCGCCGCCCCAGCCCCAGCUCCAGCUGUCGAUAGCCAAGACGGAAAGUCCGGCGGAGGACAUCUCCGGGCUCACGGACGAGGAGCUGCUCAAGUGGUCCAAGGAGGAGCUGGUGCGGCGGCUGAGGCGCUCCGAGGCCGACAAGAUGAGCGUGAUCCUGGACCACGGCAAUCUCAUCCGGGAGGUCAACCGCAGCCUCCAGCUGCACCUGAACGAGAUCCGGGGGCUGAAGGACAUUAACCAGAAGCUGCAGGAGGACAACCGUGAGCUGCGGGAUUUGUGCUGCUUCCUAGACGAUGACCGCCAGAAAGGGAAGCGUGUCUCCAGGGAGUGGCAGCGCCUGGGACGAUACAGCGCCAGCAUAAUGCGCAAAGAGGUGACUCUAUACCUCCAAAAACUCAAGGAGCUGGAGCUGCGACAGGAGGAGGUAAUCCGCGAGAACAUGGAGCUGAAGGAGCUGUGUCUGUUGCUGGACGAGGAGAAGGGAGUGGUGGGUGGAGGUGGUGGCGGCGGAGGUGGAAGUGGAAGUGUAGGGGUUGUAGGGAUGGGAGGGUGCCGCAACUCAAUAGACAGCCAGAAUAGUUUGCUGCUGGUGCCUGGACAGGGGCUCCUGAUGAGAGAUGUAGGGGACGGGAGUAGCACCUCCAGUGCUGGCAGUGCCGACAGCUCCGAUCACCCUCAUCAUAAGCAGCCUCACCUGGCUGCGGGAGUGGGUGGAGUUGGCAGUGCUGGGGAAAAAGGAAGCCCUGAGCUUGUACAUAAACCCAGAUGUAGCAGCAUCAGUGGAAUAGGAGGGGACAGGGAUGUGUCCAGCCCUGUCCACCCAACUGGGCGUCACCGGAGUACAAGCCUGGAGUACCCGUACACCCUGCCCCAGCUCAGCCGACCCCGCUGCGGCUCCAUUUCCGUGCCUGACCACAGUCGAUCCAUACGAGGCCUCAGCCCGGAAAAAUACGGGAGGAACGUGGGGCGCCGCAGUCCAGAGCAGCACCCCAAGCACCACAGCUCCGAUCUCCUCCUGGGACAGAGGCAGCACUUCCUGGGCCAGGGGGGCAGCGGAGAGAUCUUCCAGAGGCACCACAGGAGCAGCAUCAGCAGCACAGGCUGUGGGAGUCCCGAGCCCCGACAGGCACAUUUAGGGUCCGGUGAGCAUCACGAAAAGGGCUGCGUGGUCCCAGGGGGCAGCCCUGAAAUUCACAGGCACCAGUACAGUAUGAGCCCUGACCAUGUGAAGUUCAGCAGCCCUGUGAGAGAUGGGCAGAGGAGGCCGGCUGGAGACGAGCUGUCGCCACAUCACCGAAGCAUCUACAAUGGCAUGAAUGGGGAACCAAGCAACCCAAGAGGAUUAUGUAACAGGAAAUGGUGGUGAAGACAGCAACUCCCAUGAUCCAGCGCUGCUUCACAACAUCAUCAAACUAAGUUUUUUGUUAUUGUUUUGACUCAAAGACCCCAUGCGGUUGAAGUAACAUAUUGUGCAUUAAGGUCCUGACCAGUACUGCUCACAAAGUACUUAAAAAAGAUUUUUUUUGGACAGCAACUUUUUCUUUUCCUGGGACACAAGAACUGAAGGAGCAAAGGAAUCUGUGGUCAGAGGUGUCAAGAUAGAGUCAAGAGGCUGUCUUGUGUGUAAGGGCAGUAAAGCUGAGUGUGAUAGUGUGAUGUCUUACACUUGAAACAGCUCGAGAGAGCAUUACCAGUGGACCAAGCUGUUCAGUCUGUCACUCAUCAACCCAAAUGAAUCCUUGUUUUCUUGCCUCACUGUCUGCCUCCUCCUCUUUGUCUGUUUCACUAUAUCUCUUUGACACACUUGAUGAUUAAAGUAGAGAUAAAUCUGUCUGGCUGUGGGUGUGCAUGUUUGUGUGUGGUUCUCAUUUAGCCACCCUGUGAAGGCUGUUGCCGUUCCGUUCGCUGUCACUUGCACCAUUGCAGCACAGAUUGAAACAGACGAUGGGGAAAUGUGGAAAAAGUUGUAAAUGCGGCUUAAGGCAACACAACACAAAGUGGAGGCCAUCUGAAUCUCCUUUUAGUUUUACUUUACUUUCAUCAUGUAAUGCUUUGCGUUUGAAGUUUGACCAGAGAGAUUAAACAUAGGCCCUGUUCAGACCUGGUAUUAACAUGCAUCCUUAGAGAUCCAAUCACAAGUGGACAGCUCUCUGUCUGUUCCCACUUUUUAUUAAAUGCACCUGAAUGUGUCUCCUGUGACCACUUGUGAUCGGCUCUUCCUCUCUCUAUGUUUAAGGGACAGAAAGAAUAAUAGUGCAAUUUUAUCAAGUUAAGAAAAGUAUCAAUCAUUACAUGGUGAACAGUGUUGCUAUUGUGGCAUUGACUAACAAAUAAAUGUAUGGACACUGAGAGGCAUAGACAUUCAUUUAAACUGUAGCCGCUCUGAGACGUCAGUGUAGGCGGUCCUUCAUAUGUGACCCAGGAUGCAUUGGCUUUCACACGGUGGAAAGAAUGUGGCCACAUGUGUGAGUGAUCGGAUCUCAGUGCGUUUAGACCUGAACUUAGUGCUGACCACUUGUGAUGGGAUUGUUUAGGAUAGAUGUUAUUACCAGGUCUGAUAUGGGUCAUAGAAAUAUGAAGAAAUACAUGUAUUUGUGCCAAGUAGACAGAUCAGAUGCUGCACUUAAGUCAUUGACGGGUGAAUAAACUAUUAGUUACACCACUUGACUGAAUUUUGGACAGAGCCAGUCCUUUUGCACAGCUA